GCCUUCUCGAUUUCUCGCGUGUGUUGUUUAUUCUGCUCACUGUAUUGAUACGCUGCUUAAUUUGCCGGUAUCUUCUUGUCUUCAAGGAAUCGAAUCGUACGGUUGAAUCGCAGAGCUUUCGUCAUGAUGACCGAGGAGCUUGACGGUAAUAUCAUCCAGCUCACGGAUGCCGAGGCUGAACUUUACGAUAGACAGAUUCGACUCUGGGGUCUCGAAUCUCAGAAACGAUUAAGGGCGGCUAAGAUUCUACUCAUCGGUUUAAAUGGAUUCGGAGCAGAAGUAGCGAAAAACAUAAUUUUGGCAGGUGUCAAGUCGAUAACAUUCCUAGACAACAGAGAACUAUCACAGCUCGACUUAUGUGCACAGUUUUUGGCGCCAAAAAAUGCUAUUGGGAAAAAUCGAGCCGAGGCAUCAUUAGAAAGAGCGCAGACCCUGAAUCCGAUGGUGGAAGUGGUUGUGGAUACGGAGAGUGUCGAUGACAAACCCGAUAAGUUUUUCGAGAACUUUGACGUUGUGUGCGCGUCCCAAUGCUCAUUGACGCAGUUGAAACGAAUAAAUCGAGCCUGCCGUAAGAACGGGGUCAAAUUCUUUGCCGGUGACGUUUGGGGAACCUUUGGGUACACCUUUGCAGAUCUGGGAAAGCAUGACUUUGUCGAGGACGUCGUUCAGUCGAAGAAAGUUCAGCCAUCGGCGGCGGGUGAGCCGGCUAAAGAAAAAUUCGAAAGUAUUACGACGACUGUGAAAAAGUCGGUAACUUUUGUACCGUUCGAGAAGAUACUCGAUACCGAUGACUUACCGCGAGAUGGAGAGCCCUACUACUUGUUGAGGAUAUUACUCAAUUAUCGAGAGAAACAUGGACACGAUCCCUUACCGAGCGAGCGAGAUAGCGACAGUUUGAAAAAGGAGGCAGCGGUCAUCAUCGACAAGUACAAUCUUGGUGACAAAAUCGAUUAUCUGAUAAGUGAGAAUCUCUACGCGCAAAUAAGUCCGGUUUGCGCGAUCGUCGGCGGGGUAAUGGCUCAGGAGAUAAUAAAAACCGUGUCGCAAAAACAAUCGCCGCACAACAACCUCUUCCUUUUUAAUCCCGAAACGAUGUGCGGUAAGAUCCUAUGCUUGGGUCAGAAAUAACAUUUUUCCCUUCAUUUCAUUCGUCAUUUUGAAAACUCACAAUUUACUUUCUAGUUAGUGUGUCGUUCCAAAAUCACACGCGGUUCAUUUGUUUUUUUUCGUUUUAAAUACAAAUCCGAGGAAUUAAACGAGACAAUUUUUCUAUCAUUACAGUUUAUUUUGUUUCAAUUUUCGUUACUCUUGUACUUUCCGUACAGCACAAUAUUGAUAUCUUUAAUGCAGUCAUACCGUUGCUCUGCCUUUAUGUCAAUUUAAUUUCUCCUAUAUUUGAUGUUCUAUGAAGGUCGCGUGUGGAUAAGAAAUGAUUGAUAAUGAUGAUAAUAUAAGAAAUUGGUGACAUUAAUGAUAAUUGAAUAUAACACAUAAGAAAAAUAUUGAUGUGUCAAAUGUUUCA